UUCGUCAAUUUUUUUCUAUGUUGUGUUUAAUAACCUCUGAUCACCUAUAUUAAAAUUAUUUGUGAAAGCAGUUCGAAUGGCCGGUAAAUCUGCGUUGACAUUGCUGAUGAUAUUUGGUUUUUUAAGAAACUUUUAUGUUUAUGGUACACGAAUAAUGAAUAAUUUUACGGAAAUACAUUCUGUUGCUUAUAUCACCGUUCCUGAUAAUGCAGUAGCUAAACAAUUGGCACAUGGAUUGGUAAAGAAUAAACUGGCUGCUUGUGUGAAUAUUAUUCCUCAAAUUACUUCGGUGUAUGAAUGGGAAAAUGAAAUAAAUGAGGAUUCUGAACUUUUAUUGAUGGUAAAAACAAGGACAGAUACAGUGGAUGCUUUGACAGAAUAUGUUAAUCAUCAUCCUUAUAAAGUAUGUGAAGUAAUUACUUUGCCUAUACAAAAUGGUAAUGAACAAUAUCUAAAGUGGAUCAGUGAAGUAGUACCUCCUAUGGAUAAACGAAAAGAAAAAGACAAUAUUUAAUCAUUUUAUCUAUUUAAUAAUAAAAUAAUAUAAUAUUAUUAUAUAUGAAAUUAUAAGAAAUAUGAUAAAUAUAUAAAUAAAUAAAAUUAUUAUUAUAAAAAUAAUGU